GAAACAAUUAUUUUUAGAAAAAAAUUCAUUAAUGGUGUCUUAUGCCAAAAUAGAAAAACGUUCCUGGUUGUAUCACAUCAACUCUAGUUACACGAGGUGUUUUUAAUAACGUUCGAGCAUCAGAAGGUAGGGGAGACCGGGGCACAGUGAAACACGGGGCACAAUAAAACAGGUACAUUUUUCAUAAUCCCUUUUAUGAAUAUGGCGGCGCCAUCUUAUGCACAGCAAACUGAGUGUAUAAGCGAAGUUUUAAACCAAGAAGUAAGUAUGUAUAGUUUACUUCUCUCUGUGUAUCUAACGCGCUACUAAAAUUUUCAACUAAAGUAAAUUUUAAGUUUCGGAGCAAUUUUGUUGUGUAUGGUCCUGUUAUCAAGAAAAUUCAAUCUGCUAGUGAUUAACCCGCGCUUCCUAGUAGUAGUAUUAACUUGGUAAGUUACAAUUUUGAUAUAUUUAGUACAUGUAUAAUUUUAACCUAAAACUGUGUAAAAUUGCAAGUUGGGUGGGUUACAAUGAAACAGUUUGGUUUGGGGCACAAUGAAACAUGUUUCAUUGUGCCCCAGCUUAAAAAAAAAGCGUUUUUCUUUCAGGAUUUAUGGUACGAAACAGAGUCCGUAAAAGUGAAAAAGGAAGCUUUUCUGAGGAUUCUAUGCGCGAAGCCGUUAAUUUGGUUAAUCAGGGAAUGAGUUUGCGAAAGGCAGCUCACCAAACUGGUUUAAAUUUUUCAACUGUUUUUCGGUAUGUUAAGAAGAAAACUAAAGCACAAGAAAAUGAAGAAGUCCGAAUGAAUCCUAACUACCAGGUCAGACAAAUUUUCACCAGGGAGCAAGAGGAAACUUUAUCGCAUUAUAUAGUAACUUGUGCACGCAUGUUUUAUGGACUACCGACUUUAGAAAUUAGGCGAGUUGCUUAUCAGGUGGCACAGGCCAAUUCCAUUAAGUAUCCGGAAAAAUGGAACCAUGAAGAAAUGGCUGGUGUUGAAUGGUUAUACGGCUUUAUGAAGAGACAUCCAAUGCUAAGUGUCCGUACUCCAGAAGGAUGUAGUUUAUCCAGAGCAACUGCUUUUAAUGAGCAUAAUGUUCAGAUAUUUUUCGAUAAUCUGAAUAAAGUUUAUGAGAGUAACCCUGCAUUUGCUGACGGAACAAGGGUUUACAAUCUUGACGAAACAGCAACGACUACGGUGCAGAAACCUCCAAAGGUUGUGGCAGAAAAAGGUAUUAAACAAGUUAACAAAUGCACUAGUGCAGAGAGGGGUGUGCUUGUCACAACUUGUUGUAUUGUGAAUGCUACUGGAAACACUAUUCCACCUGUAAUGGUAUUUCCAAGAGUCCAUUUUAAAAACCAUAUGAUUUCUGGUGCGCCUUCUGGUACCUUAGGCCUAGCUAACCCGUCGGGGUGGAUGACAAAGGCACUUUUCGUUGAAGUUAUUCAGCACUUCAUAAAACAUACUCAGAGCUCUAAAACUCAUCCAACACUAUUACUGUUGGAUAACCACGAGAGUCAUCUUUAUAUCAAAGCCUUGGAUUUAGCAAAAGAAAACGGGGUGACAAUUCUUACAUUUCCUCCUCAUUCAACAAAUAAGAUGCAACCUCUUGAUGUUGGGGUUUACAAACCAUUUAAAACAUACUAUAACAUGGCAGUUGAUAGUUGGAUGAUGAAAAAUCCCGGCAAAACGCUGUCUAUCUAUGAAAUUGCCGGAUGUGUAAAUUAUGCUCAUCAGAGGGCUAUGACUCCAGCUACAAUCAUAGCAGCAUUUAGAAAGCCUGGCAUUUUUCCGUAUGACAGAAAUGUUUUUAGUGACAUAGAUUUUAUGUCUAGUUCUGUAACGGAUCGAUUAGAUCCUACGUUAAAAGAUAACUCCCCAGAUAAUGUGAUUAAUCCACUCCCUUCUACAGCUAACAUUGUAGCACCACCGAGUUCAUUUCUAAGUCCUGAAAAAAUCAUAGGUUUUCCUAAAGCCAAAGAUAGAAAAACAAAUAGAACUGGCCGCAGAAAAGGAAAAAGCAUAAUAGCAACUUCCACUCCUGAAAAGGAUGCUAUAGCAGAAAGGGAAAAUAUGAAAGUUAAUCCGGCAAAGAAAAGGGCUGUUACUAGAAAACUUGUACCAAUUACUAACCAGUCUUCCGAAGAAUCAUCAGAUGGCGAAAUAGAAUUUCAGGAGUCGGACACUAGUGAGCAGUUUAUCGAAGAAGUUUUAAAUGAUGAUUAUGAAUUUGAAGACUUGCAAGUCGAACCAAUCAGAGGCGACUACGUUCUUGUAGAGUUCAUGACUGGAAAGAACAAAGUAUUGUAUGUUGGUGAAAUUAUCGCGGAUAAAGAUGAAAAUAAUGAAUUUGAAAUUGAUUUCUUGAGGAAGAGUGACAAAAUAAGCGAUCACUUCUACAAGCCGCAAGUUGCAGACAUAUCACUAGUAAGAUUAACUGCAAUAAAGCAAAUUUUGCCGAAACCAACUUUCUUAGGAAAAACCAAUCGUCAGAAGUCAUACAUGAAAUUUGGAAUGACGUUUGGGUCACUAAAUGUUCACUGACUUGUUAUUUUAUUUUUAUCAUAAAACGACUAAAAUUGACAAAAAUACAUGGUGUUUCAUUGUGACCCACCCAUAGUUUCAUUGUGCCCCGUCACGGGGCACAUUGAAACGAAGGAUACCCAUUGUUUUAACAAUAAAUUAAUCAUUGCAAAAAAACAAUAUAUUAAUUGUUGUACCGUGAUUAGAUACAAAC